CUGCAGUGCCUUGCUCAUUCCUCCCCAUGUGCCGGCGGAGGAGACGCACGCUCUCUGCUUUGCUUUGCUGCCUGCAGCUGGCUCUGCUCCAGCAUCCCUCCUGUGUGUUCUCCUCCCUCCUCUCCGUGUCUCCCCUCUAAGGGGUUUGUUGGGCAGCCUUUUUUCCGCCGGUUGGAGCUGUUUUGACACCACUUUGGCGCUUUUCUCUGUUCCUCUGUUUUAUUCUUUCUUUCCGUUUUUUUCCAAUCAUCGGUGAUUGCCAGAGCAGCGACAGAGGGCAGGAGAGGCAACGAGACAGGCUCCUGAUCAGCUGCUGCAUUGUCCUGUCUGUCUUUAGGCUGCUGGGAAACAGCCGGACAGAGGAAAGCGCAUCUCUGCUUUCCGCUCAUUGCUGGGACAGAGCGCAUGAGAGGAGGGAGGGACUGAGAACGGCACCUGACCGCCUGCUGCUGCUGCUGCGCCGCCGCUGCGCGCACUGUCCCACCUUCUUCCACACGCACAAGCUGUCACUGACAGGACCGGCUCAAGGACUUCACACUGUGCCGACAGAGGGACAGACAGACCGCAAAGACUGACUGACUGACUGACUGACAGGUGGUGUCAUGGCGUCCACGGACAGCGGUUCAAGUGUCUCUGCGCCCCACAGAUCAGGGGAUCUGUUCCACGCAGGACUGGCAGUUGCACUUCUCCUGGGUGUGUGGAGUGUUGGUGGACUGGAGGUUACAACAGGCAAAGUGUCUUUAAUUGAAGCAGUCAAUGGCUCUACAGUUCUGCUGCCCUGUAAUUAUCACUCUUGCAUUGGCAUCAAAAACCUUUUCUUCAAGUGGACGUUUCGUAACAACGGAAGUGAGCAGGCGUUAUGUGAGGGAAACAUUCCUGCAGAAAAAAUAGAGCCCACCUAUUCAAUUUCACAUGAUCGUGUGACGUUUGUUGGUUCCUCAACGACAAGCAACAUCUCCAUCUUGUUGUGGAACAUCACCUUUGAGGAUGAAGGACAGUACAUCUGCUUUGCCAGGAACCCAAAAGAGAAAAAUCGCAACCACAGUGCUGUCUUAACCCUUAGAGUCGUUGACCAAAUGAAAGAGGUGGACAAUACUUUGACAGUCCUUAUCGUCUCGGUGCUGGGUGGAGUCAUCGGCUUAGUUGUUAUCAUCAUGGUUAUAAAAGCCUUGGUGGUUCACUUCCUGCUGAAGGAUGAUGAGAAAAAGCACGAAAAAGGACAGCAAUCAAAACAUUAAAGAGUGCCUGGUGACCUCCUCAGGGAACGACAACACAGAAAAUGGACUUUCAGGAGCCAAAGCCGACAACAAGGGGACACCAAAGGCAUAAGCAAAUGCAAACUAUAUCUGCUGUAUGUAUGUUUGUACAUAUAUAAAAAAACAUAUAUAUGUACAUAUAUGUUAGACAAACAUACAUGCUCAGAGAAAACGUGCUUAUCAGAGGACUGUUUUAUUUUACUAGUGGCUAACUGAUGCAACUUUUACGUCUCAGUUUGAAAUCAUGCUUGAAAUUUGGGAAAUGUGAAAUGUAACAGGAUCUGGAUCAAUCUUUCACCAAGAAGAAAGCCCAUUUGUUUACAGUUGGAACGUCUUUUUGAUAUAUUGGCCACAUCUUACGGAAACCAGAACAUUCACUUUAUUUCAUACAAUCUGUAGUGACUUUCUUUUGCAUUUCAGUUACAGAUUAGAUGGAGUAUCACAUAGCUUCAUACAUAUAAAGAUAAUAAAUAUUUUUAAUUCCAAGCUAAAGUUUAAUUUGCGGCUUAAGCUGACAAUUAAAAUAUAGUUAAUUCCCUAGUAUCUUCUAAUUAUUCAACAAAUAUUUGCCAAACUUUAACCAAAGGAAAUCUGCUGGAGCACUUUAUGGCUGAAAUUUUUUUCCUUGCAUUUUCUAACACUGAUGACAUAUCAAAAAGUUGUACAAAUACUUUGUAUAAAACAAAAAAAUAGACACGGAAUAUUAUUGCUUGUCAUGCAGUAAAUGAUAACUUUUAUCCACUUUAUUUUACAAAAUUUGAAAUGAAAAUUGAAAUUGGGCUAAACAAGUCAAAAUCCUCAUUGUAAACUAUAUUCUUGAUUUAUUAUGUGAGAGCUUAGUGGUUAACAUUUCUUUGAGGCACAUUUUUUCCCCCAAUGUAACCGUAUUGUGGUUUUAGCUAAUUAUUAAUGAGCUUACUAUCUAAAAA